AUGCAGACGCAGAAGCAGACGCUCUUGACGUUGUUUUUCUGCCUGGCUCUUUGUUCAUGGACGGUUCCUACUACGAUCGCGACGAUCUCUUCAGCAUCUUCGGGGAUCGCUCAACAUCCUCGUCGACUGCACCACGCCCAUCCUCACUCUCGCUCCCCCUCUUCUUCGUCCCAGUCCACCGGCGGACGUACGAUCACGCUCAAGCACAACGAGGCUUAUCACGCUUUCAAGCGGGACCGAGGGUUGGACUGGUUGAUCAAGGAGAAGGACAAGCUGGACCACAAGUACGGAAGCGGGGAGCUAGCACAAGAGUUGGGGAGGAGGGCGGAUUCGCCGGUGACCCUGGCCAAUCAGGACAAGGACGCUUCGUACUCUGCAGAGAUCUCGGUAGGGUCUCCCGGGCAGACGUUCGAUGUGGCUCUGGAUACGGGUUCGGCCGAUCUGUGGCUGUUGAGUACGGAAUGCACUCUCGAUACCUGCAGCGGGCUGGACAAGUUUGAUCCGACAUCGUCGUCCACAUACAAGAACGGUAGUACCGGUUUCUCCAUCGCCUACGGGUCCGGAGACGCGCAGGGUCACCUAGGGGCGGAUACCGUCACUCUCGGCGGGUUCAGCGUCCAGGGACAGACGUUCGGGGUGGUCAACACCAUGUCCGCCGGACUGGUCGAUUCCCCCCUGAGCGGUCUGAUGGGUCUGGGGUUCAAGAGCUUGACGGUGACGGGGACGACGCCCUGGUGGAUGUCUUUGGCCGGGACGAGCGCUUGGUCGGAACCGUUGUUCGGAUUCUACAUGAGACGGUACAGGGACGUCGAUAGUGCCGCGGCGACCGAGGCCCAGGGGGGAACCCUGACGCUCGGGUAUGUGGACGAGGCGCUGUACGAAGGCGACAUCGAGUACGUCCCGGUCGAUGCGGACAAGCAGCGAUACUGGAACAUCCCCAUCAAAGGCAUCUCGAUGCAGGGCAAGACGGUCUCGCUCUCAGGCGUUCAAGCGGCUAUCGAUACGGGAACCACCUUGAUCGGAGGUCCCGAGGCGGACGUCCAGGCCAUCUAUGCAAACAUACCCGGUAGCCGAAGGAUGACUGGCGUCUAUGCCGGAUACUUUGAAUACCCUUGCUCGACCGACAUUGCGAUGGACAUGACGUUUGGCUCGUUCAAGGUCACGAUCCGGUCGAACGAUUUCAACAUUGGGAGUUAUGGGGAUGACGCUAGUUACUGCACCGGCGGCGUCUUUGUUCAGGGGCUGGCCGCGUCGUCUCCCGUGCAAUGGGUCGUCGGAGACACCAUGCUGAAAAACGUCUACAGCAUUUACCGCAUGACCCCCGCUGCCGUCGGGUUCGCUCAUCUACCUGGUUCGGGAGCCGUUUCCUCAUCAUCCUCGGCCUCGUCCUCGUCGUCCUCUACAUCGGCAUCGACGUCUUCAAGGGCAUCGUCCGGGACGGUCGCGUCGAGCUCGACGGCCUCUUCCAACUCUGCCGCGUCGACCUCGGUCAGCACCGCCAUCGUCGUCGUCACCGCGACCGGCAGCGUCGACAUGACCUCGAGCGGGGUCUUGCGAUCGACGCUCUUGCCCGGCGAUGCCCAGACGACCGGGUUGGGAGUGGCCCCAGGGGAGUCGCUGAGUGGUACUGGUACCGCUGGAUCAUCCCAACCAUCGACUACGGGUGCGGCUCUCCGUGGAUCGAUGGCACCGGUCGGCGGCAUCUUGCUCUCAGUCUUGUUGGCCAUGUUCCACUUGGUCUGA